AUGGCGGCGCCGGGCCGGGCGCUCCCCUCAGGGCCCUCCUCCAAGUGGGACAUCCGGGAGAAGGUGUGGGAGCACCUGGAGGCCUCCGGUCUGGCCGAAUUCCCGCGGCCCGUGCGCGGCCGCAUCCCCAACUUCAAGGGCGCCUCCCAUGCUGCCACGAGGCUUCUGGGCUUGCAGGAGUUCCAGGCUGCCUGUACAGUUAAAAUAAACCCCGAUGCUCCCCAGAGGAAUGCCCGCUUCCUAACGCUGGAAGCAAGGAAGACUUUGCUGGUUCCCACACCACGUCUGAGGACCGGGCUGUUCAAUAGGAUUGUUCCCCCUCCAGGUGCAACCAAGGAGAUCCUGAGAAGAUGUGCCACGUCUCAGGGAAUCUAUUCUAGGAUUCCCUGGGGGAUAACUUCCCAGACAUGUACAUACAGCGUGCCUGUGGGGCUGGAUGGGAAAGCACAAGUGGAUUUGGUUGUGGUGGGAUCAGUGGCUGUCUCUGAAAAAGGCUGGAGAAUUGGCAAAGGGGAAGGUUAUGCAGACAUGGAAUAUGCAAUGAUGGUGUCCAUGGGUGCAGUGCAGGAGGACACACCUGUGGUUACCAUCGUGCACGACUGCCAGGUGCUUGAUAUAGCAGAGGAGAUCCUGGAUGAUCAUGAUUUAACUGUGGAUUACAUCCUCACUCCAACAAGGACUAUCCAGACUAAUUGCAAACGACCAAAACCUCAGGGAAUAAUGUGGCACAAGGUCAGCUCUGAGAUGCUCGGAAAAAUCCCCAUCCUAAGGACUCUUCGAUCCAGGGAGAAGCAGGCUGGCAAGGAUGUCACCCUCCAAGAUGAACAUCCAGCCUUGGCAAACACCAACAGAGCAGCAGUUUCAAACAAGAAGGUGAUGGCUGCAAAUACCCAACCACGGGCUGCUCCAGGCUCAGCUCCAGUGGGACAACCCCGUGUGGAAAGUGAUCCUGUGAAUCCCAAAUUAGAGGGAUCUGACACAAUUAGCACUGUGUACGUGGGGAACUUGCCUGGCAGCCUGAGGGUGAGCGAGCUGAAAAGCGCCCUGAGGGAAUUGCGGGUGGUUCCUGUUCGGGUGAACUGGCAGGGAGCACAGCACAGGGCUUUCCUGGAUUACAGGGAUCAAGGAGCUGCAGACAGAGCUGUGUCCUCCUUGCAAGGCCUGAGCCUUGGGGGCAAUGCUCUGAGAGUGGAGCUGGCCAAGAGCCAGAGGAACAGAGGGCAAGGAGAAAUCCAUAGUCACAAAUGAUUAUGGAG